AUGGGAGGCAGGGCCAGGACACCUGUCCUCACUGCCCUUCUCUGCCUGGCGCUGUGUCCGGGCCUGUGGAACCAGGUACAGGCGGGAGCUGCCCCCAAACCCUCCAUCUGGGCUGACCCCGCCCCCAUGGUCACCAAGGGGAGCUCUGUGACCAUCUGGUGUCAGGGGUCUCUGCAGGCUGAAGUCUACCAUCUGUAUAAAGAGAGGGUCUCUAUACCCGUGGAGACAGAGACCCCACAGGACUCCAGCAACAAGACCAGUUUCUCCAUCGAAUCUAUGAGCUCACACACUGCAGAGCUGUAUCAGUGUGCGUACAACACCAGCAUGAACAGCUCAUCAGAGCGCAGUGACCCCCUGCCCCUGGUGGUGACAGGAGUGUACAACGCACCCUCCCUCUCAGCCCACCCAGGCCCUGUGGUGGCUUCAGGAGAGAAUGUGUCCCUCUUGUGCAGCUCAGAGAACACAUCUGUCACUUUCCAUCUGCUGAAGGAGGGAGGAGCUGACCCUCCCAGACACAUGGAAUCAAGGACCCAUCAUAGGAGGGGGCAGGCCCUCUUCCCUGUGGGCCCUGUGAACACCUCCCAUGGGGGGACCUACAGAUGCUAUGGUUCUCACAGCUCCUACCCCUAUGUGUGGUCACACCCCAGCAACCCUCUGCAUCUCGAAGUCACAGGUGUGUACAGGGAGCCCUCCCUCUCAGCCCAAUCUGGCUCACUGGUGCUCUCUGGAGACAACCUGACCCUCCAGUGUCGCUCAGAGGCCGGCUUUGACAGAUUUGCUCUUACCAGGGAUGAGGCGCUCACACCCCCCCAGCAUCUUCAUGGGCAGCACAGCGCCAACUUCCCCCUGGGCCAUGUGGACCACACUCACAGGGGCCAGUACAGAUGCUAUGGUAGACACAACCUCUCCUAUGCAUGGUCAGCCCCCAGCGCACCCCUGGACAUCCUGGUCGCAGGGAUGUAUGAGAAACCCUUUCUCUCAGCCCAGCUGGGGAGAGUGUCCUGGGGAGACAAUGUGACCCUGCAGUGUGGCUCUGAGAUCUGGUUCGAUACCUUCCAUCUGUCCAAGGAGGGGUCACCUGCUCCUCCCCAGCUCCUUCGUCUGCAGGACACGGCCGCCCCCUUUCAGGCCAACUUCACCAUCGGUCCUGUGACCUCAGACCAUGAGGGGACCUACAGGUGCUACGGCUCAAACUGCACCUCCCCCCACCUGUUGUCACUCCCCAGUGACCCCCUGGAGCUCCGGGUCUCAGGUCUCACAUGGUAUCUGAACGUUCUGAUUGGAGUCACGGUGGCCUUCGUCCUGCUCCUCUCCCUCCUCCUCCUCUUCCUCCUUACCCGACACCAGCGUCAGGACAAACGCAGGACACCAGCCCAGACACAGGCUGAUCUCCAAUUUCCUGCAGGGGCUGCAGACCCACAGCCCAAGCACAGAGGCCUGCAGAUCAGCUCCAGUCCAGCUGCUGACACCCAGGAACAGACCCUCUAUGCCGCCGUGAAGGACACACAGCCUGAGGAGGGCGUGGAGCUGGGCCAUCAGCAGAGCCUCCAUGAUGAAGACCCCCAAGGAGCGACAUACGCCCAGGUGAACCACUCAAGAGCAAGACUCAGGCAGGGAGUGGCCACCUCUCCUGCCCCACUGUCAGAGGAACUGUUGAACUCUAAGCACAGACAAGCAGAAGAGGACAGACAGAUGCACAGACAGGCUGCUGCAUCUGAAGACCCCCAGGACGUGACCUAUGCCCAGCUGAACCACUUGAUCCUCAGACGGGAGAUGACACCCCCUUCCUCCCAGUCAGAGGAGCCCCCAGCAGAGCCCAGCGUGUACGCUGCUCUGGCCAUCCAUUAGCCCAGGAAGGACCCGGACCCCAUCCUCCAGCGAGGGAGACUGCAGGGACCCCAGAAGGCACAGA